CCUCUUAGUACAAAGCUUAUUAUAUUCUUUUUCUUUCUCAUAACGUUUACAACUUUCCAUUCCCUUUAUAAUCCUCCUCUCCUUUUUCUUGUUCUUGUUCUUGUUCUUGUUCCCCCUCGUUGAUACCCUCUAUUAAUAGUAUAAGAAGGCAAAGUCAUGCCAAGAUUGUAGGCUCAGUUCUUCUUUCUUUUUUUCGUUUCAUUUCGUUAACCACAGGUUGAAGAUGGAGAAGCUUAAUUUUGUGAAGGACGGCGUGUUGAAAUUGCCUCCUGGGUUCCGGUUUCAUCCCACAGACGAGGAGCUGGUGGUUCAGUACCUGAGAAGAAAGGUGCUUGCUUGGCCUUUACCUGCCUCCGUCAUUCCCGAAGUUGAUGUUUGCAAAGCCGAUCCUUGGGAAUUGCCAGGUGAUUUGGAGCAAGAAAGGUACUUCUUUAGCACCAGGGAAGCCAAGUAUCCCAAUGGGAAUAGAUCCAACAGAGCAACACUUUCGGGUUAUUGGAAAGCAACUGGAAUCGACAAACAAAUCGCGACUUGUAGGGGCAACCGAGUAGUCGGUAUGAAGAAAACCCUGGUUUUUUACAGAGGAAAACCCCCAAAGGGAACCAGAACCGACUGGAUCAUGCAUGAAUAUCGUCUCCUUAGCGCCGAGACAGCAGCCUGCAAUGUUGUGGCAGUGGAAAAUUGGGUGUUGUGCCGGGUUUUUUUGAAGAAAAGAAGAGGUGGGAGUACUAAAAACGAGAAGGAAGUGCCAACAAAAGCAAGGGCAUUGAGUCCUGUUUUCUAUGAUUUCAUGACCAAGGAGAGGACCGGCUUAAAUCUAGCCUCUUCAUCGUCCUCCUCUUGCUCCAGUGGGAUCACACAAGCCUCAAAUAACGAAACGGAUGACCGCGAAGAAAGCAGUACUUGCAAUAGUUUUCCUUAUUUCAGAAGAAAAACUUGAAAAAGAGCCCCACAGUUGCACCUUUUUUUUUUGUUUUCAAUUUCAUCAUGCCUGUGUAUCAGUCUGAUUAACCAAUCAGAUUAAUAACCCUCUUUUGAACCAAAAAAAAAAAAAAAAGCAAUCAAGUGCUAUGUAAUUUCUCAUG